AUCGUCAGCGUCGCUUCGCCUCAGGGCUCGAAUUGUUGUGGUGGUCUAACGCGGAAAAAAGAUCGUCUUUGGACGAACGUGUAAUUUUGUGGACGACUCGGAAGAUUUAGGCGUAGAUACAUCUUGUUUUCCUCGAUGCAAACGUUACGCGACAGAAAGGUAUCAUUAGCACUGCUUAUGCGCAUUAUGCGCAUUAUGAGAUGUUGGGAUUAAAGUUGAUCGAGCAUACUCACCGCAGUUUUUUGCAUGCAGUGGUGAAAAAAAAUAUUCUGCAAGCUCUCAGUAAAUGCGUUCUGCAAAACUUCGGAAGGACAUAAAAAAUCGUAACAGGAGCGCCAGGAUGAAGGGACAAGCAGCCCUGCUGCUAGUCCUGCUAGCGGCCUCCUCGUGGGCGCAGACGAGCGAACGCGUACCCUCGAGCACAGCUGUACCCGAGGUUAAAGCCAGCGUCAGCACCACCAGCGAAGCCGUCUCCUCUAUCCUCAGCGGCGAGCCCAAGGAUGUGCUCGUCGAGAACAUGCACUCCGACGACGACGACGUCGACAACAAUGAAAAGAUCCAGGAGGAGCUCGCCAAGGUGAUCAAGGCCCAGGCGAAGAAGACGACCAAGCCCGCACUGGUGCGCGUGCCCAUCAGCAAGUCGAGCACCAUCGCAGCGAGCCAUGGAAGUUACAACACUACCGAUAGCCAGGCACUUAAAGCUCUGCUCGAAGCAGAGGACAUGGUCUACAACGAGGACAUCGAUGCGGAUGACGAGGACGACGACGAAGACGAGUACGACGAUGACGACGAGGACGAGGACGAGGACGAGGACGACGACGACGACAUGAACGACGACGAGGAAGUCAUGUCAGGAUGCCCCGACUACUGCAGAUGCGUCGGACAGUACGCCGCUGCCACCACUGCCAGAUGCAGCAAACUGCUGGACGACCAGGGCUUCGGCUCGGGCAUCGCCCACCUGAAGAUCGAGAACGCCGGGGACAUCCGGCUGGGACCGCACGCCCUUCGCAAGCUCGGCCUCCGCCAGCUCGAGUCCAUCAGCAUCGUCGACACGAAGAUCGUCGAGCUCGACCGCACCGCCUUCGACGGCCUCAAGGAGCUGUUCGUCGUCAACCUGACCCGCAACGGACUCACCAACAUCCAUCCCGACACCUUCCAGAACAACUCGGGCCUCAGCCUCCUCACCAUCGCCAACAACCCUCUGAAGCUUCAGGCCAGCAAACGGAGCAGCAGCGACUACCUGCUCGAUGCUCCGAGUGUCACGGAAUUAGACGUCUCGGGCAACCAACUGUCGCGCCUGCCCAAACGCGCCUUCUCCAAGAUGACGAACCUCGCCUACAUCAGCUUGAAGAACAACCGUCUGAACUACGUCGACGAGGACCUGUUCGCCCCGUUGGAUUCGCUUGUCGAGCUCGACCUGUCCCAGAACUCGCUCUCCGGUCUGCCCGCCGACCUGUUCAAGGACAAGGGUCUGCAGACUCUCCGCAUCUCCGGAAACAAGAUCACCAGUCUCAAGACCAUCAAGGCAUCGAAACUCACGACCUUGGAUGUGUCGAUGAACCGUCUGAAGCUGAUCGUCAAGGACGACCUGGCCGGUGUACCGUACCUCGACCAGCUCUACCUGAGCGACAACAACCUCAAGAGGAUCCACUCCCACGCUUUCGCUGAUCUCGACCAGCUGACCUACCUCGACCUCAGCACCAACAACCUGGGCAACCUAGGCGAGCACCACUUCCGCACCAACUCGCGACUCCAGGUUCUCCUGCUCAGCAACAACCCGGAUCUGGAAACCUUGCCGGUCUUCAGGACCAACGCCCAAGAGUUCGAGAGAUACAGCAUCUACCGUUUCGAGUGCGAGAACUGCGGCCUGACCUUCAUCGAGUCCGGCACGUUCGACGCCAUGCCAGCGAUGACGCGUCUUAACCUGGCCCACAACAAGCUGACCAACCUGCCGAAGGACCUUCUGCGCUCGCUCUCGUCCCUGCGCGAGCUCGACCUGUCCAAGAACCGCUUCGACAAGCUCGAGGACGACGUGUUCGAGGGCGCCACCUCGCUCACCAAGCUCAACCUUGCCAUGAACUCGUUCGUCUCCGGACUCAGGGUCACGCCCUUCCUCAAGACGCCGAACCUUGCCCGCCUGGACGCCAGCUUCUGUAACAUGCAGCGCGUCUGGAGCGAGGCCCGACUUCCCUUCAAGAGUCUAAGAUUCCUCUCGCUCCACAAGAACCGUCUGACCCGCAUCACGGUCGAGGAGCUCCGUGCCAUGCCCCAGCUCUCCGUCCUGGACAUCUCGCGCAAUCCUCUGCGUUGCGACGAGGACCUCAGCGCGGCCGUCCAGUGGCUGACCGACAACAACGUCACACCUACCGAGUCGACGCGCAGCUCCAACGGCGAAGGCUUCAAACGCGGCGACUACGACUACGAGGGUUACGCCACCGGCGACACCGACGCCGUCAGCCAGUGGACCGACCUCGCCAAGAAGCUCUGCGACUCGUGGGAGGGCGGCCCACCACCGAGACCGGCACCCAAGAAGCCCGUCAAGAAGGUGCAGUCAGCCGGCGCCCAAGCCAGCAGCGCUGCUGCCCAGGACUCCGCCGAGGAGGGAGGCCUGCCAUCCCUGUCCGGACCUUUCAUCAAGUUCGACUUCAGCGACGACGUCGUGUUCAGCGGAAAACAGGGCGAGUACGGCCAAGGCCACAGCUCGAGCGCCUCGAAGGACGAGGAGAUCGAGAACGCGUGGAACAGCGCGGACCAGGAAUACGAGGAGCUCGCGAACGUGCACUAUCGGGAGUGGUACACGGACGCCUUGUGGCCGGUCGUCACCGUCGUCCUGAUCACCUUGGCGGUACUCCUGCUAUGUGCCCAUGUCGCCGUUUGCCUGGCCAAGCGUCGCGGACGUGGUCCCGUCAUCCGCACGCCCAUGAUCCUUCGACCUGGUCUCAUCGACAGCAAGAACUGCGGCCUCGUCUACAAGCCCCUCCAGGAAGAGAUCGCCACGCCGCACAUGCCGAAACGCGGCAGCUUCUACUCCAGCAGCACCUUCCACUACGACAAGAUCGUCCCCGAGAGCGUCUAAGUCUCGUAAGCACGCUGCGAUCGUCCUCGUGUACGCCUUUCGAGUCUUGCGUCGAGUCGUUACUCUCUUCCUCUCGAUUAUGGUUUUUCCUUACUUUUUCAUAUCUUGCACCCACUGAACAGUUUGACGUACGCGAUUCUGCGCAAGAUUUCGAGCAGCUAUGCGAAGACAAAUUUGAAGUGUUGAGGAGCGGUGAUCUUCCGAUUUACCUUCGAUCGGUAGCUCAGAGCUGCUCGAAGACGAUGUAGGCGGAAAUUUCACGCUUCUGAAUUUCGGAGAAUCGUGGGUCGAUAGGGGCAGACCGGAUUACGUUACUUUGACGCUCGCAAAAAUAUAAACAUUCCAUUCACGCAUAAAAUACUAAAGUAGGCAUUAUUGUUGGUUCUAUAUGAAAAAUCGUCUUCAAAGUGACGCGAUCGGUAGUCCAGGUUGGGAGCCUUACGGAAAAUAUUUAUUUGGCGUUGCGGAGGAUGCUGUUCGUUACCGAGUGCGCGGUAGCUUGCCGUUGUUUAUAAUUCUGUAAUCGAUGCAUAGAAAGGCAAAGUGUCGUUAACGCGUAAGCAUUGUACUUUAAUAUUAACUAAUAGUAUUUAAAAAAUAACGAUAACAACGACCAUCGGAAGAGAGUGUCGGUUUGCUAUUUCUUACGGGCGUAAAAGAUAGCAAAGAAUCAUGUGUAUGUGUUGGAAUAAGGAUUUUCCGUAAGGCGCUGUUGUCUAUAUCGUGCAAGAAGAAAUUCCAAAUUAGCGAUUGUUCCAUUGAAAAUUCGCGCACUCUUUAAACACGGACCAAACAAACAAAUUUUUACGAAGAUAUAUUUAUAAAUAUAUUGUGUACAUGGUGGAUGAUUGCGAACAAAUUAUUUUUUAAUCUCGUUGAAAGGUUCUGUCGAUCGUUUAUAUCUGUCUGGAUAAUUCAUGCCGAGAAAAAAAAAAUGAUAAUGAUAAUAGUGUAUAAGUGGACGGCGCAAACUUAUCGCUUUACUGCAUAUUUGCUGAUAUCGCCAUGUUGCGGGAUACCUUUACAUAUUAUAUUUUAGUUAACUUAAUACAUACUGUAUCAGAUAGGAAAUCCAUUGAGAACGUAAUGAUUUUUUUCUUUUCCAACUACUUGUAUGAUAUUUUUUAAGUUUCGUGGAAAUAUAGUCCUGGGCGGGAUGAGCAAAAACAGGUUAUUGGCAAAGUUUGAGUUGAAGAAAUUACAUAUACGAUUCUGUUUCAUGUUUUUAUCCGCAUAAUCUUUUAAAAACUAACUGGAAACAAUCCUCUUUCUCUGAUGUAACACUACUUAAUUUUAAAUCGAGUAUAUUGUUUUCUUCAACGCGCAGAAUGAAUGUAAAGAAAAAGCAUCUUGUUGUUUCGGUCAUGUUAAAAGCGUUGAAGAGAUCGUAAAAAGCCCAGAAAUAGUAUACAUAAAACAUAAAGCAAGAAAUUCAACUGCAGUUGUUUGUACAAGUCCAUGUGACGAGUUCUGUUAAAAAAAUAUACGGAACAUUAUAUAUUAUAUGGCAUGAAAAAAAGUACGGGCGUUCGCACAACGCUUCCCGCUGUAAAUAAUAUUCUCAUAAAGUUUUAAUAAAAUUUUAAAUAAGUGAAAAAAGUA